CCCCCGAUCUUUGUCUUCAGACCGCUGAGCCGUUCCACAUCUGGAGCAGAGUCCAGCAGGUGACAGUGCUCUCCACCAAGAUUUGAGAGAUGGCAUCUGGACAAGGACCAGGACCUCCGAGGGAGGGCUGUGAGGAGUCCCCCUCCCCUUCUGAACAGCAGGUCGCCCAGGACACAGAGGAGGUCUUUCGAAGCUACGUUUUUUACCUCCACCAACAGGAACAGGAGACCCAGGGGGCGGCUGCCCCUGUGAACCCCGAGAUGGACAACCUGCCCUCAGAACCCAACAGUGUCUUGGGCCAGGUGGGUCGGCAGCUCGCCAUCAUCGGAGAUGACAUUAACCGGCGCUACGACACGGAGUUCCAGAAUUUGCUGGAACAGCUUCAGCCCACAGCCGGGAACGCUUAUGAGCUCUUCACCAAGAUUGCCUCCAGCCUGUUUAAGAGCGGCAUCAGCUGGGGCCGUGUGGUGGCUCUCCUGGGCUUUGGUUACCGCCUGGCCCUAUACGUCUACCAGCGUGGUUUGACCGGCUUCCUGGGCCAGGUGAUUUGCUUCUUGACUGAUAUCCUACUGCGCCAUUAUAUUGCCAGAUGGAUCGCGCAGAGAGGAGGCUGGGUGGCAGCCCUCAAUUUUCGUAGAGACCCCAUCCUGACUGUAAUGACAAUUUUUGCUGUGGUUCUGUUGGGCAAAUUCGUGGUACAUAGGUUCUUCAGAUCCUGACUCCAGGGAAGCCCUCUGAGGCCUCGGCCAGGAUGCUUGCCUGGGCUUCAGCCUAAACUUCUCCCUACCCCGUGCCUGCAACAGUCCUCUCCUUCCUCCAAGAACAGACGCUUUAGCAAA